CGACUCGCAUCAUGCCCUUCUUCUCUCUCGCCCAAUAUAAAAAAACAUCCAAUUCUUUCUCUCUUUCUUCCCCCCAAUCUCUGAAUCCGCUGUUUCUUGCCGUUGUACAGUGAUCCACUGCAGACUUUGAUUUUCUGGAGCACAAAAGUACUAGUAGGGCGUUGGCAUUGCACAAAAGUUAAACAUUUGUGCUUUAGAGGCGGAGAGGAUCAAAUAUUACGAGUUUGGCUAUGGCAACGAACGAAAAUCUCCCACCAAAUGUGAUCAAACAGCUGGCCAGGGAAUUGAAGAAUCUUGAUGAAACUCCACCAGAAGGCAUUAAAGUUAAAGUAAAUGAUGAUGAUUUUACCACUAUUUUUGCUGAUAUUGAAGGACCAGCUGGAACUCCGUACGAGAAUGGUGUCUUUCGCAUGAAGUUGAUACUGUCCAAUGAUUUCCCGCACUCGCCUCCCAAAGGAUUCUUCCUCACCAAAAUUUUUCAUCCAAACAUUGCUGCUAGCGGUGAGAUAUGUGUGAAUGCUCUAAAAAGGGAUUGGACUCCAAAUCUGGGCUUAAGACAUGUGCUAAUGGUGGUCAGGUGUUUAUUGAUAGAACCAUUUCCAGAAUCGGCUUUAAAUGAACAGGCCGGGAAGAUGCUUCUAGAUGAUUACGAGGAGUACGCGAAACAUGCAAGGCUCUUUACCGGGAUCCACGCGGUGAAGCCAAAGCCGAAACAAAAAUGUGGGGCCAUUACAGAAUCAACCACUGCACUGAACAUUGAAGAACAACAUCAAAAGACCAACUCCUCCUCCUCAACCUCAUCAUCAUCCUCCUCAUCUUGUCUUGAUGCCAAAAAGGGUCCGGUUCCAAGUGGUCCCCUCCAAAAACCGUCUUCGCUUGCCCCAUUGUCGAAAGGAGGGAACAGCAUGGACCCACCACCACCAGCCGCAGCGGCUUCCCAGAAGAAGGAGGCUGUUGGGGUGGGAAAGGUGAACCAGGUGGAGAAGAAGAAGAUGGAUGCCCGGAAGAAGAGUUUGAAGAGAUUAUAGAGGGGGAGAAAACCACCCCAAAGUUGAAUAACAGUUUGCUUGCUUCCUCUUUUAUUUGUUGAACUCAGAAACAUGUUUUGUUGUACUAUUAUUUGUUAUCCACUUUGAUGUUCUUGGCACCCUUAUUCAAUCCCAUUCAAUGUUAAUCUUUGUUCAGAUGAAAUCAUGCGUGGUGUCUUAGACACAAUGGUGUCUAAACGGUAGCGUUUAGACCUAACGUUUUC